AUGCGUCCUCUACGCUUUUUACUCUUACUCGUAUUCUUUAUCGCUCUACCGAUAGUCUUGACAUGCUGGUCACUAUUCUCCUCAUCUGACAGUGCCGCUGAUUCCUUCCAUGCCGGUUACAACACCAGAUCAAGUCGCUUGCGAGCCCUCUUCUCCUUCUCGACGCCCUCCUCCCUUUUUCCGCCUUCGGCCGUCAUCAGCCUGACCAAUGACAACUCGACAUUUUUUCUGGCCCGACCGGCUGCUUUUGGUCCCAGUCUUCCAUCCCGAGGUCUCAGCGGCCAGUUGUGGGUAGGAAGGGGAUUUGGAGAUGACGCCCUAUUGAAAGAGGAGAACAUCCACAUAGCCGGAUGGGAACUGGGAUGUUCCGACGUACCGGGAUGGGGUGAAGCUGAAUCAAAACGGAUCAGCCACCUCCCAUCUGUUGAUCAGAAUCCAAGAAAGCCGCAGGAGGUCCGAGAUUCGGAUGGUGAUGGCCACUCAAAUGAACCCAGCCGUGAUGGCUCCGAGACUCCCUCGGAAGGGGUCAUCCCCCCGGAUGACGGCACCGACGAUUACCUGCACCACCCUCUUCCAGAUUCUAAUCCGGCAACGCCUGCUCCGCCAGGUGAACCGGCCAAUAUUGAUCCGUCCGAUAAAAACAAAAAGACGACUCAUGCCGAUAUCGAGUCCUUACAGGAGAGUGCAGACAUCGCCGGCAAGAUUGUCAUGCUCAGCCGUGGCGGAUGUGGAUUUUUGGAGAAGGUCAAAUGGGCUCAACGUCGAGGCGGUAUCGCCCUGAUAGUGGGAGACAAUGAAAAGGGGGCCCAGCUGACAAUCAUGUACGCCAAAGGUGAUACAUCCAAUGUGACAAUCCCGGCGUUGUUCACUUCGUAUACUUCGGCACACCUCCUCUCUUCCCUUGUUCCACCAGAAAAGGGUGAGGACGAAGAUGGUACAGCCAAAGGGGUGGAUAAAGCCUCUCGAGGGCCCUCGAACACCGAGAAGAGUUCCAAUCAGAAACAAAACAACAAGCCCGUUUUCACCUCCACCAAGACGGGCGUUCAACAACCCACCAUUGUCCCUGCCACAGGUUCUGGAAGAUCCGAUUCAGACCAGGACAAGAACUGGAUGAAGAAUGUUCUUUCCGCCAUAGGAUUGAGCGAGAACUCUCCAUUUUCGCACUCUGAGGAUAGUCGUCGGCCACCGAGCAGCGGAAAUAUCGAUUGGGUGUUGCUGGAAGACUGGGAUGACGAGAAACCCCCCAAAUCAUCGAACAAGGCCAACACGGCCUCUGCUCUGGUGACGGCGUCGACAUCGGCGUUGAAGGCCCAGUCCACAAGUUCGAAACGCCCCGGAGGAGAUGACUUCGUCAUCGGGGUCCAGGAUUGGCGAGACACUGAUCUCAUUGCGCCCAAGCCGACCACGGCGGCGGAAAAUGCUCCCGCAAAGGCGAAACAUGGAAAAGACUCCCCCCCCGAUCCGGCUGCCUCGGUCAAAACUUCGACUGGUCUGGAGGCGACGCUCAAGGGCGGCAGCAUCACUCCUGGCAGUGGUGAAUACGACCAUGAUCAGCCAAGUCGCUUCCAUCGAGGAAAUGGACCUUCCAAGCAACAGUCUGGCCACUGGCAUGUUGAUAAUCACAACGAGCCAGGUUCAUCCAAAGACUCGUGGCUCCAUAUUUUCAGAUCGGGCCACUCAUCCAAAGACUCUUCUCCCGGAGCCGGAGACGGUCAGGACAACAAAGAGCACAAAGAAAAGAAACCCAACGCUCCGGGGGAUGGCGAGGGCGACGAGCACUCGGGCCUCUGGGUCACUCUCACCCCCACCAGUGUUUCUACCAGCCCGUUCUUCGACACAUUGCUUGUUCUGGUUGUGAGCCCUCUGGUCACCCUGACGGUCGUGUACGCCUUAUUACUCCUUCGCUCACGAAUUCGACGAAGAAGAUGGCGGGCACCCAAAUCCGUUGUAGAGCGACUCCCUGUUCGAACAUAUCACACAAUGUCCACGACCUCAUCGACAACUUCGUCACAAGUCGCCUCACCGGAUACCUCCUCCCCGACCUCACCACUACUAAUUUCCACCACACAAAACGUCUCACAGAGGCCCCGACCUCGCUCUCAAACGACGACAGGAAUCUUCCCCGGAGCAAGCUUGGAUAGCCAAUUAUCCCACUCCAGGAGUCCUACGACAGAAAAGCCAAGCGCCAAGUUUACCAGGCGGAAACGUUAUGCGAGCCGACAGGUCGAGUGUGUCGUCUGUCUUGAAGAAUACAUUGACGGCGAAAGUCAAGUCAUGUCCCUGCCUUGUGGCCAUGAAUUUCACGCCGAGUGUAUUACUCCGUGGUUGGUGACCCGCCGUCGGACCUGUCCUAUCUGCAAAGGUGACGUGGUCAGAAGCCUCGCCCGGGCCAAUUCCGCACGAUUCGACGAUGACACGGAAGAGGGGAUGACCGGUGACGAGGUCCAAAACCGGGUUGCCCAAACUGUCAACGAAGAACCGAGUGCUGCUAUUCCCAUCCCUUCUCCGGCCCGAGAUCAUGAAGCCAAUCGAGUGGAUGUAGAUGAGGAUGUGGAGCGAGGGCAGGACGCCGAUGUCGACGAACCAUUGUUAGGUCAGAGCAUGACCGGUCAACCACAGGAGCGAGAGCGGCAAUCCAUCUGGAGGAACAUCGUCAGCGCCAGCGUCAAUCGUUUGAGCGGUGAUACGCUUUGGAGGCAAACACCUGUGGACCGGAAUCGGUAA